ACUUAAUGGAAAACAAUGAGAUGACCCUCAACCUUGCAUCCAUGGAGCUAGACUUACAGACCAGACAAGCAGUAACAUAUAAGUAUUCUUCUUGAGACUCUGACUAUUACCGAAUUGGGGUUGCCAUGGAUAAUUUAGAAAGCAAGUUUAUCCAGGAUUUAUCACGUCUCAAAGUUUCUUUGUCAUUCCAAGAGAUCGUAUUAGAAGGGACUGGUAAAAGUGUCAGGAGAUUAAAGCAAUCUUUGAUUAAUGCUGACCAUGUAAAAUCCGAUUCGAUGCGCAUAGCAGGAGGUAAAAACUGGCUUAUAUAAUUAAUUCAAAAUAUUCAGAGAAGUUCGAGCCUUUUAGGUUAAUAGAAGAAAAUCAGAGCUCUCCUCCUUUCUUUCAAUUGCUUGUAGUAGAGAUGUUCUCAAACCUAAAGAAGUUUAUACCUAAAUUAUCCAGACUGAUUAUGGGCUGAAACUGGAAAAUUGUUAUUGCCCACUUCUUCAUACCUGAAAAACAGCUGAAAAGGGUCUUCUCAGUUGUAAAGAAUAUACUCAAUGUAGAGCUGGCUAAUUGCAGGUUUGUCUUGACAAGUUCCGCUAAUUUUUCGAAAUGUUUCACAAGAUGCGCCAUUCAGGAAUUGAGGUUUCGUGAGUGUGGAUCCGAAAGCAACAACUUAUGGGAGCCCUAUUCCGAGCAAUUUGAGUAUCUAGCUAGAGGGAUUUCAACGCCUGACCUCAUUCAAAGUUUGAAAAGGAUCCAGAUAGAAGCUUCUAACCUAUCGAAGCAGUACUUCAUGGAUAUCAUGCAGACUUACGGAUUUAACCAUGUAGAACUCAUCUGGGAUUCAAGUAUCGUUAAGGGGCUUGAUAAUAUAUGAGAUCCUAUAAAAGCUCAAGAGUGGUUUGAAUCAGAUGAAUCUGACGAUAACCUUUUCUAAGAUAUCUCAUUAUUAUUUCAACUA